AAACCAGAAAUUGAGCCACAACAAACAGAUUCUUCAAACAGGAAGUCCAAAGAGAUCCUCAAAAACUGUACAGAGUGUCUCAGAACACAAAAUGUCCUGGAGAGGAGAAAACUAUUGUACUACUAGAUGAUUCACACCAACUGGGAAAAAACAUGCAGAUGUCCAACACAGACAGUAACAAACAAAACCUACCACAAAAAAACAACUCUGAGUGUGAUGGAAGUGAAAAGAAUUCUGUGAAAUCAAGUGGUUUGCAGAUUCCCAGGAAAGCAUGGGACAUCCUCACAAGGCCAUCAGCCAAGGUGAUUCUGGAUCCGAACACCGCAAAUCCCACUCUCAAGCUGUCUGCGGAUGGACGCUCUGUGAGAACAAAGACCCACAAAGAGUUUAAUUCCAGCCAGAGUUUCUAUGAAUACCAAAGAAAACAUAAAAAUCAGUAUAAUGGUUGGAUGUGUGUCCAAGCUAAAGAGGGCUACAGCACAGGCAGGCAUUACUGGGAGGUAGAUGUGAAAGGGAAAUGUGAUUGGAGAGUAGGAGUAGUGAAAGAGUCAGCUCCACGUAAUGGCUUUAUUAAUCUGAACACAGCAGCAGGGUAUUGGACUCUGCGUCUGCAGUUAGGCUCUCUCAUGGCUCUGACUGAACCAGUCACCAAACUCAAUUACGCUCCACCUGCUAAGUUAGGAGUGCAUCUAGAUAUGGAGGAAGGUCAGGUUUCUUUCUAUGAUGUGAUGAAAAGGAAAAAUAUUUACACAUUUAACACAGAAUUCAGGAAUUGUGAGAAAAUUUUCCCUGUGUUUGGAACCGUGGAGACAGACAAACCCCUAAAGAUUAUCUAAAUAUGAUUUUUAAUUGGUCUUUACAUUGAUUGAAAGAUACCUUAGAGAUCAAGGUACCAUAAGCAGAGAGCUGGCUUUAUCUAACAUCUGAUUGUCACAGGCGCGCCGGACUCCACCCCUCGUCAGCGCACUCGCACUCCUUAUUGUAAUUGAUUGCACCUGCUCCUUGUUUUCUGUGCACGCGCUUCCCUACUUAAUCUCCUCUCCUUCACUCCUCUGGGGUCUGAUCUCGGAGGUAGGGUCUAGCACGCGGACUCUCGGAGGUAGGGUCUAGCAGGCGGACUCUCGGAGGUAGGGUCUAGGCACGCGGACUCUCGGAGGUAGGGUCUAGCACGCGGACUCUCGGAGGUAGGGUCUAGCACGCGGACUCUCGGAGGUAGGGUCUAGGCACGCGGACUCUCGGAGGUAGGGUCUAGCACGCGGACUCUCGGAGGUAGGGUCUAGCACGCGGACUCUCGGAGGUAGGGUCUAGCACGCGGACUCUCGGAGGUAGGGUCUAGGCACGCGGACUCUCGGAGGUAGGGUCUAGGCACGCGGACUCUCGGAGGUAGGGUCUAGGCACGCGGACUCUCGGAGGUAGGGUCUAGGCACGCGGACUCUCGGAGGUAGGGUCUUGCACGCGGAAAAUCACAAAAUCAUGAAACUAAGCAGAAUUACUCAUAACCAGUUGUUCGUUUUAUUUAAAAAAUGUUGAAACAUUAGGGCUUUCCACUGUUAAGAUAUAAGAAUGUUAAUUUUUUUCUAUUAUGUCCUCACAAUAGCAACAUCAUUCAAAAUAUCACAAAUUCCUUCACAGGUUCACAUCAGCCAUGUCCUGACAUUAUUCUGACUGAUUUUCAACCAAAUCAGGUGAAAGUAAGGGAAAACAUUAGAGAUUUCUAAAAGUGACACACUUCCUGCUGCCAGUUGGUGGCGCUAUGAGUGACACUCACAGUAGUCAUGUCCGUGUGAUCAACUUUCUUCUCUUAACAUAAAUUUGAGGUUUGAUGUACAUGACCGAAUAUACACUGAAGUUAUUAGCCACUUCGUGUUUCCUUUUAUUUGCCGUAAGUUUAAGGGCUCCUCACGGCUGAACCGUUUGAGAUCAAAAAUCCCUUAUCAAUUGUAGAUCCUCAAUGUCUUCAGAUCAUAUUGGACCCUGUUUGGUCAAAAUCAUACAAAUCCCCUAGGAGGAGUAUAUCAAAUUCCGUUUUUCAAACAUCCCAAAAUAACUGACUUCCUGUUAAGCAGAUCCCAUGACAGGUGGAUCUAAAUGUAUACUGGGUCUCAUGCAUAUACGUGCAAGGGAAGAUGAGUUGUGCAGCUAUAUUUCUGACAAAGUUCCAGGGGGCGCUGUGACAGCCCUGUGCCACGCCCGGGGACAAGCCACACUGGACUUUCUCAUACCCAUUUACACUCUCUAUGGGAAAUAUUUUGGAACAUUAGGCCUUUCCACUCGUAAGAUAUGAGAAGAUUCAUUUUCUUCUAUUAUGUUCUCAUGUAAAUCGUCGCCAUAGUAACACGACUCAAGGUAUCAAAAAUUCCUUCACACUUUCACAUCAGCCAUGUCUUGUCAUUAUCCUGACUGAUUUUGAACCAAAUCAGGUGAAAGUAAGGGAGAAAAUAUUAGAGAUUUCAAAAAGUGACACACUUCCUGCUGCCAGUUGGUGGCGCUAUGACCGAGACUCACAGUUGUUGUAUCAGUGUGAUCAGCUUUCAAUGCUUAACAUAAUCCUAAGGUUUCAUGUAGAUCACUUAAUGUACACAGAAGUUAUUAGCCACUUCCUGUUUCGUUUUAUUCGCCAUAAAUUUAAGGGCUCCUCAUGGCUGAACCGUUUGAGAUAUCAAAAAUCCCUCAUCAAUUUUGCAUAAUCAAUGUUGAUUGAUUAUUUUGGAAUUGAUCAUUUUAGCCUGGGUUUGGUGGCGGUUGUAUCAAUUCCCUAGGAGGAGUAUUUCAAAUUCCAUUGGGUGCGUUUUGCAAACAACUCAAAAUAACUCACUUCCUGUGGAUUAGACUUAAUGACAUGCAGUGGGAAAGUUGUUCAGUUCAGUGAGAUCUAAGUGUGUACCAAGUUGUACAUGGAUACGUGCAAGUGUGUAUCAGCUAUGCAGCAAGAUGUUCCAGGGGGCGCUGUGACGGGUGUGUGCCACGCCCAGGGCCGAGCCACGGUGACGUCCUAAUGGCCGCAGAUUCCAACCUGUCUGCUGAUUUUCAAGAGUUUUUGAGCAUGUUAAGGGGUCCAAAAUGCCCCAAAAGGUUGAUAAAAACUAUAUAUAUGUAUGUAUAUAAAAUUCUAACGAAAACAAUAGGGCUUCCGCACCUACGGUGCAAGGCCUCUGGCCUUGCUCCUUCGGUGCUCAGGCCCUAAUUAGAAUUCUGUACAAUAUAAAUAUGAAGGUUAACUGUUAAACCAUUUCACAAAUCCCACACAGCACAGCUAAAUAAAGUCAAAGUGAAAGCA